CACGCGCCAACGAGUUGUUUAUUUCACAGUCACUCGCCAGUCAGCCGUUUAUUUCACACAUUCAGAUACGUUUGAUCGCUUUGUACACUCAAAACACAAACAACGCACACGUACUGUACCGAAAAAGCGAGCGAGUCACAUCACAGACAUAGAAAAGCACAACCAGACCAGAUGAGCGGCAGAAUCGCCAUUUUCCGUUCACUCUUCAGUCCAGGCCCAUCUGCUUCUUGAGUCGUUCCAGCUCUAAGUCGACAGUGGCCUGCCGCGCCGCUUCCUUGUCAGACAACCCAGUCCACUGACCCCUGCACCACACACAGAGACACAACAGACACAGCAUGCGCUAUCUGUCUAUCCUUUCACUCUCGCCUUCACUCACCUCUGUGGUUGUCGUGGUUUCGACGCCACCUCGACGGUUAUCGACUUUGCCGCUCCCUCACCCUCGCCACUCGACAAGUCGUCCACUAUCUCUAUCUGCCGCGCCCUUGACGGAGGAGGGGAGGGCGAGGCGGGAGGCUCCUCCCCUUUGCCAUAGAUGGGGAUCACUCUUUCGCGUGGCUCUUCGAGAUUCCAGUCGCGGCCAGUGCCACCUGGGAAAUAGGAGAGCUCGGCAUAUUUCUUGUUGAGUAUCCUCGACCGAGACUCCAGCUUGCGGAUGUACUCCUGAUGACAGAGGGACAGGAAAGAGCGCCUGAGUGGUGUCGUGGGCAGAGAGCAUUCACCCACCUGUAGCUGAUCGAUUUGCGCCUUCAGCCCCGCUGACUUCUCGACAGCCUUCAUCUCAUCCUCCAGCCUGCACAAUGAAAGAUGACAAACACCAUUCUCAGCCGCCUGCCUACUUCUCAUGCGGUGUGCUCACUUUGCUGCUUUCAUGAGGAGGUCGUCGCCCAUGCCCUUUUCCUUGAACUGGCGGACCACCCUGUCGGCCUUUAGCUUCUCGCGCUCGAGGUCUCCGCACUUGGACCUGCACCAGAAACACCGUUGUAUAUCAGUAUGGAUGUCCCUAGGUGGGUGCUGUGAGUGUGGCGGUCACCUCAGCUGUUCGAGAAGGUUGUCGGUGGCAUUCAUCUCUUUCCUGAUCUCAUCCACGUUGCCGCGAAGAAACAUCUCCUCGAGCUCAGCCUGACGACACGCAAUCAAAUGCAUACAAUUGACGCUCCGCCCGAUGCUGUCUGGUCUGCCUCGGUUCCCCACCGACCUCCAUGCCUUCCUCCGUCAGGUUGUCUUCGAGGAACUCGACCACAUCUUUGAGCAGCUUGUUCGCCCCCUGCGAGGCGAUCAUCUUGAACGCCUCGCCAAGGAUGCGGCCCAGGCCCUCACUCGAUCCCCCUCCCAGCGCCUGCAUUGCCUGCGACACGUCCAUCUCUGCCGGCUGCUGUGCUCCUGAUGAUGGAGGCGCUGUUGGUGGCGAUGAGGUGACGGGUUCGGGGGCAGGGGCAGUCGGUGGCUUGGCAGGAGCUGGAGUGGGAGGUGAGGGCGUGACAGGGGUGAUCGGGGCGGCACUGCCCGUCAGCUUCUCGCGUAGCCUACGGCCGUCGUAGGCUGCCCGCUUGUUGAUGUCCCUGUGAGAACGACCAACAGGAUGAUUCCCAUGCCGUUUGCUCAUCCGCUGUCAGUGCGAACAUACCUGAGUGUUUCAUAUGCCUCCGUCAGUAGCUGGUACUUUGCAGAUGCCUCCGGUGAAGCGUCAACCUCGGGAUGUACGUCAGCCGACUGCACACAACACGCCAGGUCACAUCACACCAGAUCACGUCAGGUCAAGGAUGCACAAUGAGUCAAUGUGUGAUGGUGGACGUACCAGUCGCCUGUAGGCCUUCUUGAUCUGCCUAGCGUCAGCAUUCUCAGCCACACCGAGCACCUCAUAGAAAGACUCGGGCGCUUUGUCGCCGUCGUCACUCAUCCGCAGCGCAUGAAUGCCCCUCCUCCGAGAGUGCCGUGGCGACGCUCUCUGGCCAUGGCCAGAUCUCUGCCAUGGUUGCCGGGGUGCAGGGACGAGGAAGGACAAGUGAUCUGCCCUGACGGCAGCAGAGGCAGCGUGGAAAACCCAGGCUGCUGAAGCGAAUGCCAGAUGCAUCAACACACUCAUGCUGCAGCUGCAGGGGAAGCUCUGGGAUGGCGAGAGGCUCCUUUUCCC